AUGGCGGCAAAUCCUUCAACAGAACCUUUACCUGACAUCAAUGUCCAAAAUCUGGACAUCCAAGACGAUGAUGACUCUAUCGUUUGCAAUCAAGAUGAGGCUGAGGCAAUUCUCCAACCUGCUCUGAGUGACGCUGCCAGGCAUUUGACUUCACAAAACACACCUGCCAUCGAGAAGGCCUUGGCGUUGGAUAAGAGUCGAGGCGGUCUGUUCCAUGUGCCCGCAGAUAGAGCUGGUGACACAAGUCCAGACCUCUCAUCUUCACCGGAGACAACACCUCGGGUAUCACAGUUUACUCCUUCAACAAGAUCCACAGCAAAUCUAUCAUCCCACCAGUCGUCUCAACAUGACUUGCCUUCGCCGUGGCAAGCCCAGCCAAAGUCCCCUGCAGCCAAAGGUUCCACCAGUAGGCCAUCUGGGAGUAUCCUAGGAAAUGCCUUUGCUCCAGCUCGACAUCGAUCCAAAUCAGCUGGCCAAGAAGCUUUGAGGAUUUUGCAGAAAGCCAUGCCCUCUCUUAGUCCGCCGAUGCAUCUACUCCCGUCCAUGUCAAACUCAUUCUUCUCAAGUUCUCAUGACAAAGCUAGUCCGAGCACUUCAAGCGCCUCGAAUCACUCAUCCUCAGCAACACGUCAACGGUCACCUCAUAUUCCGGCCAAUGCGCUGGGCGUCUCUCAAGCGAGACCUUAUCCAUUGACACAACAGUCUCGAGUGCUCGCUUCCGCUCCUCGGAAUGCCAAUACGACUAGUGCCCCUGUGCGACCAAAGGUGCUUAGGAGGGUCACUUCUGAUGAUAGUCGCUUAUAUCACAGUCUGUCUCGCACUUCUUCUCUUGGUGACGACGAACGGUUCCAGGAUGUCCGUGAGAUGGUCAACAUUCGAUUCAUGGCCCUCAAGGACAGUCUCCCCGAUGUGCCAAACUUCAAGAUGCCUAGCCUACCCAAGCUUUACAGCCAGGCGCGAAAGUCGACCCAUUCCCUCGGUGGAUCUCACUCCCCAGUCCCAUCACCAACUCACAGCCAGCUCCCCAAGGAUUUCGAUAUCAAUUCAAAAGAGGGCUCUGGAGUGCUUGAUCGGGUCCUGGAUACCCUGACCGGUGACUUGGUCAUUAUGGGCGGUUACCGUGGUUCCGUUUUACGGUCUGCCGAACCACCUCAUCAACAGGUCUGGGCUCCUGUGAAACUUGGGCUCAACAUGCGCAAAGUCAAUCUCGAAGUGGGUUUGGAAGACGAGGACGAGGAGAGAAUGGAGGAGACAAUCAAACCUGACGGCAUGCUAAAGCACAUUGGCCCUGUUGAUGUGUCCCGAAAGUUGAUCAAAAGGCUUCGCUCCUGUGAAAACGCCAGGUCGGGAAAACUGCGAGUCUGGGAUUAUGGCUACGACUGGAGGCUAAGUCCCCAUUUGCUGUCUCGUAAGCUGCAAGAAUAUCUUCAGAAAUUACCCUCAAACCUGCCGGGAACACCAGCCGGGUCUCGCGGCGCUCUUGUCAUAUCUCACAGUCUGGGUGGUAUCAUCACACGCCAUGCUGUCAACCAGAGGCCUGACCUCUUCUCAGGGGUCUUGUAUUGCGGCACACCGCAACGUUGUGUCAACAUCUUAAAUCCUCUACGCCAUGGUGAUGUAGUUUUGUUGAAUGAGAAGCUCCUCACCGCAGCCGUCAACUUCAGCAUGCGGACGUCGUUCGUCUUUCUACCAGAGGACGGUUUCUGCUUUGUAGACAAGAACACAGGAGAGGAAUACCCCAUCGACUUCUAUGACCCUCAGGAAUGGAUCAAGUGGCAUCUGAGCCCUUGUAUGCAACCAGCUUUGCCGCCUCGCAAUCGUCCGCAGUCGUCGUCUUUCUCAUCAUUCCUUCCAAACUCAUUCCGAGCUCGUGCCGACAGCAAGAGUGACAAGACGCCACCUUCACCAACAACAGUUGCCAGAGAUCACAAUCCUUUGAUCCCUCAACUCAACGGAAGUGGCACCAACGUGGACGAGCCAAAGCCUUCAGACCUGCAGCGCAAACGUUACUUAGAUUACCUUACCCGGACUCUUGCAGCAACUCACAAGUUUCGGUCUGAACUGGCUCACUCGCCACAGCAUCAGGAAGUCAAUGUUUACCCUCCUCACGCCGUGCUCUACAGUAAAAGUAUUCCCACGGUGUAUGCAGCUCAAGUCACCAGCCGCGAAGGUAUAUGCUAUAAUGACGCCUACGACGACCUGCUUUUCCGGCCAGGUGACGGAGUCGUUUUAGCCAAAGAGGCUAUGCUUCCGGAUGGCUAUUCCAUAGCUCGCGGCGGCCGAAUAUGUACCGAACGCGGCCAUAUCACCAUGCUCGGCGAUCUGCCGGCCAUGGGCAAGGCACUCGAGGCACUCGUCAGGGGUCGCCGGAAGGGCAUCGGCAUGGAGAUUGGCGGUGACGAGGCGAAGUAG